AUGCCAUUGUCAGCUAGAACAGUCCAGCGUCGCGUUGAAGAUAUGACCAAGAAUAUUCAUGAACAGGUCAAAAAUGAUUUAUCUUGCGACAUAAUUAGCAUUGCAGUUGACGAAAGUACCGACAUAAAUAGUAUUGGUAGGCUAGCAAUAAUUAUUAGAUUUGCAUCAAUAAAUAGCUCGAAUGUCAAUGAAGAACAAUGCAUUCUUGCUUCAAUGAACGACACCACCAAAGGCACUGAUAUUUUUUGUCAAGUACAAGAGUUUACAAAUUUCAAAAAUGGGCAAGUAUUGGAUUUAAAAAGUAAAUUGUUUUCCAUAACAACUGACGGUGCUCCAAGUAUGAGAGGAAAAACUGUUGGAUUUGUAAAACUAAUGGAAAAUGAACUUCGCCGUUCACUUUUAUCGUUUCAUUGUAUCAUACAUGAAGAAAAUUUAUUUGCAAAGGCUUAA